GGAACAUCAGUUUUCCAGUUCAUCGCUAUUUUCGCAACAUCUCAGUAAUUUAGCAACGACGUAAACUUGCAGAAAUGGAAGAACCCAGCUGUAGUGCAGGGCAUCCUGGGAAUGAUACCGGGGAAGAUCAGGAAGUAGACACAGAAAGGCAGCAGGACGAGGGACAGGAAAUUCUGUGGGAGGAAACGCACGGUACGACUUCCAACCAGUCUGGGGAGAGAGGAGCCACACCACAGGCACAUGUACCUGUAGAUAAGGGUUCUUUACACAAGACGAUGGAGAAGUCGUACAGUUGCGAGGAGUGUGACUUUUCUUCACAAUCUAAAACAAGUUUAAAGAAACACAAGGCUAGACACACAAAACCCUUCAAAUGUGGAGAGUGCGGGUACAGGACGGUAAGUAUGGCUACCCUGUCCUACCAUAUGAAAAGACAUACAGGUGAGAAACCCUACAAAUGUGACCAGUGCGACUUUUCUUCUGCGUGGAAAGAGAGUUUAGUCCUACACAUGACACGACACACUGGCGAGAAACCCUUCAUGUGUGGAGAGUGCGAAUUCAGUACGGCUGCUAAACAUGAGCUAGUCAGACAUGUGAGAAAACAUACCGGUGAGAAACCUCACAAAUGUGACCAGUGCGACUAUGCCUCUGCAAGAAAGUAUAGUCUAAGGAAACACAUGUUGAAACAUGGUGGUGAGAAACCCUUUCUGUGUGAAGAGUGCGGGUUCAAGACAAUUUAUAGUUCUAAUCUAUCGAUGCAUAUGAAAAGACAUACAGAUGGGAAAUCCUAUGAAUGCGACCAGUGCGACUUUUCUUCUUCGUGGAAGGAGAGUUUAGCCCGGCACAUGUUAGUACACGCUGGAAACAAAUCCUACAAGUGUGGAGAGUGCGAGUACAAGACGGCUGUGAAAAAUAACCUUACCAAGCAUUUGAGAACCCACACAGGUGAGAAACCUCACAAAUGUGAUCAGUGCGAGCACAGGACAGCUACUAAAGCUAACCUUGCCAUGCAUAUGAGAAAACAUACAGGUGAGAAACCCUAUAAAUGUGAUCAGUGCGACUAUUCCUCUGCUCGGAAGGGUGAUCUAAAGAAACACAUGUUUAGACAUCAUGGUGAGAAGCACUACGAUUGUGAUCAGUGCGACUAUUCGACUGCAUGGAAAGCGAGUUUAGUCGUACACAUGUCUCAACAUACUAGUGAGAAACCAUGUAACUACAUGUGUGAGAAAUGUGGAUACAUGACUGCCUGCAGGUCAGAUCUAUUAAGCCAUAUGAAGAAACAUGCAGCACGCGUGAAAGGCGAAAAGCGCACAGGUGACAAACGUUUCAUGUGCGAGGUGUGCGGAUACAGGACAGUUAAGAAAUCUGACUUCACUGUACACCAAAGAAAACACACCGGUGAGAAACCCUACAAAUGUGGCCAGUGCGACUAUUCUGCUGCACGGAAAAGUCAUGUAGACCAGCACAUGACGACGCACACAGGGGAGAAACCCUACUUGUGUGAGGAGUGCGGUUACGGGACAGUUAGCAAGUCUCACUUAACUGUACACCUAAGAAAACACACCGGGGAGAAGCCCUACAAAUGUGACAUAUGCAACUAUUCUUCUGCACGGAAACGAAGUUUAGCUGCUCACAUGGCAACGCACACAGGCUAGAAACCCUUUUUGUAUUUGCGGAGUGUGGUUAUGGAACAAUGAACAAGUCUCACUUAACUGCACAUUUAAGGAAACAUACCGGUGAGAAACCUUAGAAAUGUGGCCUAUGCUACUAUUCUGCUGCACAGAAAGAGUAUGUGACCCAACAGGUAACAAGGCAUUUAAGUUGUCUCAUUUAACUGUACACCAAAGAAAACAUACCAGCGAGUAACCCCAUACAUGUGACUAUUCAGCUGCAUACGCCAACAGUCUAAAACUGUAAAAGAAAAUAGAAAGACAAGGUUAGUUAAUUCCUGGGGGGAUUGUGGGUACAGAACUGCCGUCAGAUCUACCCUAACCUUACGAGACAGCAACCAGUCGCCUGUAACCUAUGUCACCCCCCCGUCUCUGUUCAACUGGACUGUUCGAUGUACAUGGCCUUAUCCACUCACAAGUCCCAUCUAUUGUAUAUAGUGUUGGUUAGGCCAUGAAUUUACUAUAUGGAUGACAUCCGCGCGCGUUUUUUUGGCACUGCAGAACGGUUGUUAGGUCUUUCUUAAUCGCACAUAUAAGAAAACUCUCUGAGCUAGUGUGAUGUGCAAAACUUUUCAAGUUGGAUUGGUUUGGUUAUUUCUCUGUUGUAUGUAGACUACACAUCACAUAUAACACUGCGCCAUUAACGUAUGCGUUAUUAAGCUUUAUUACAUCAUUUAUAACAUUGAUAGGUUACGUUUAUAUCAUAGAUUAUCAGAAGUGCAUUAUGACGACAUGAUAUUGAAAAAUAAAACAAAGUUGUUUGAAA